AAAUAUACCAACACCAUCUGCCAUCAGGGGAGUUAACAACAGGUACUCAUUUGCAUAGAGCUCCCGGUUGUUUGAAAGAUGAAGACGUUUGUAUCAUUUGCUGCGGUUUUCUUGGUGGCGGGGUUCGUCAACUGUGCCGAAAAACAAUUCAAGUUUGAAGAUUGUAGUCAGGGCAAGGGAAUUGCGGACAUCCAUCAGUUCGUAAUAGCUCCAGAUCCCAUCUCCUUCAGUCAAAAUGUGACCGCAUGGGUGGACAUUGAUCUGAACGAGGACAUCCCAGCCGGCACUCAGGUUAAGAUGAAGGUGUACAAAGUCACCAACCUGUUUGGAUUCCCUGUCAAACUUCCAGCCCCAUGUUUCGCCGGCAUUGGAUCCUGUAAUUAUGAGCAUUGCAAUUUCUUGAAGAAGUUUGAAGUCCAAGGACGGCCAUUUUACAAGGAGGGUGCUGAGUAUGGAUGCCCAAUCACUGUUGGCCAUUACGGAGCACAGAACGCAACUGUUCCUAUGCCUGAACUGGGAGGUCUCAUCAAAUUCAUCGCGUCGGGCGAAUUCCGAGUUGAAGUUAAAGUUGUUCACAAGAGCAGAAUGCUGGCAUGUGCCAUUUUCACCGGCAAAGCACGACCCUAAAAAUUACCAAUGAACCAAACGUCCUUCUUGUUUUUCAUGUUGUUAACGCACCUCCGAUGUAAAUACAGAAAUAAAGCAUACAUUUUUAUUUA